GCGCCUCGUCUUCCUGAAGGUGGGGUUCGGGGAAGGCCAGCCCGCGGUCACGCCGGCUGUGGGAAGGGAAAGUGGGCUCCCCGGGCUACUGUUUCCGGGUGCUCGGGGCGUGGGCCGAGCGGGGAUCGGACCGGGGAUCUGGAGGGCUUCCGGAAGCGCCGUGGGCGCUCGGCAGGCGGGAGUUGAGGACCAGGCCGGCCUCGCGGUUGACUCGCUCAGCGGAGGCCCCACCGCGAGCGCGCCUGUGGGGGUUUCCAUGGUGACAGUAAACAAGCCUCAACUGCCUCAGCUACAACUGCCAAGUCCCCGGGGUUCCACCCUCCUCUAGGUGCUCUGAGGGCCGGCGAGGUUCCGGAUGUGAGUAGGAGCGUGGAGACGAGAAGCCCGAGGUUGAGAACAAAAAGAAGAUGCACCUGGACUUUCCCCGGAGCCCUCUGCGUUUUUAAGGCGUCGGGUGGAGUUGGGGUUCGUAAGCCGCGUUCGUUAUUGAAAAUAGAAGUCACUUCUACCUUCCUCCCGUGGAAAACUUGUUAUCUUCCAUUCUGUGUUUCCUACAGAAGGCAUCUGUGGUGGUUCUUUAAGGUAAGCUACUAAAAGAUACAUUUAACUGUAAGACGAUUAAUUUGUUAAGCAAAGUUUAGUUUUCUUUGAAGAACUGUCAGUUUUAAAUGCUUGGUGAGUUUACAGUUAAGUCAAACUAAAGAACUAUGAACUUCUUGGGGGGGUGAGUAAAAGCAAGCUGUAGGUGUUGGUUGACAUGUUACAGAAAAGAAUGCUUUCUUCCCCUGUUGCUGAAACUGCUUAUAAAGUACUUGUUCCUUAUGCUUCUUACAUGUUUUUAGCUUUGACUAAGCUGCUAUACUCUGAAGGAAGGUGUUGACCCUAGGUGGACAGUAAAUCCCUAGCUAAUCCUUGACCUGCUGUGGUCUGUUCCCUCUGCUAAGGAUGAAGUAUUGGACAACAAAAUUGUCCUAAGUAGGGUCCCAGUGUAGUUUUGAAGACCUUUUAAAACUACAGAGAAGGUUGUUAUGAAAGUAGAAAGUCAGACUUAUUGUGGGACGUGAGAAGAUGUUAUUGGAAUGGUAGUUGCGCUUAGAUAACCCAGAGGAUUAUCAAGGUUUAGCUGGACAAGGUUGGGCAGAGGAUAUUUGGGUGGAGAAUUAUUUGAUGUGUCAAAUCCUCCAGGGAACAGUGGGGAAAUUAAAGGAACUAAGGAGUAAAAAAGAAUGAUGGAUAUAGAUUAAGAAUGUCUGUAGGAUCCAAGGAUUCUUUUAGUUCAGUCUCUGUUCUAAUAACCAAUGGGAAAUAGGGCUUAGAAGUGGGGCAUUGACAUAAUUGGGUUACAGUUGUUAGAUAAAUCUUAAGAUUGUGAUAGAGUAGCAGGGAGUGUAAGUGUUUUCAUUAGAGUUAAGAGACGCUAGGAAUAUAGGAGUCAGGAAUUUUGAACGAGUCCCUGUGGCAACACAAGGCUGCAAUUCCAUCUACCAGGAGGUGGUGAGGCAAAAGGUCUUAAGUUUAUUAUUAUGGUCAGCCUAAGCAACUAGACACACAGUUGAAUCAUUUAAAAGUGGCUCAGAGGAUUUAUGGCUCAGUAGAGGAGUAUUUUGUUUGCCUGGGGGAGUUUAUUUGCUAAGGGAAGUUUUCUGAUAACAUUUAAGGUGAGCUAGUCUAGGCUUUAAUUUUGAUAGGGUCCUGCCUGCACACAUCAAGUGCAUAUUUUGCUUAAGGUGGGUUCAGUUUGUGAUGGGUUUAUUGGAAUGUAAAAUUUUUAUAAGAUCAUUUGUAUAAUUGAUCAAAUAUAGGGUUAAGGCACGCUGAACCACCACAUGUAUCACUGCACAGGAAUAUCAAGGAAGAGACAGUUCUAGGUUAGCCCGUGAUGGAUAUGAAGAUUCUAGAAAAAAUGUCUCAAGUAAAAAGGAUGAGUGCUGGGAUCCUGUGUGGGUGAGAAUGGGAUGUUCAUGUGAGAUUGUUGGAUCAAUUAGUUUUUUUGUAGAUUCAGGUGAAACGAGGUAUAGAAGUUGAGACUGCCAUGUUCAUUUGUGGUGGUAGGGUUGUGUGUUGAAAGGCCUUCAAAGAUUGAGUCCAGCUACAUUUGUGGGGGAGCUGAUUGGAACACCUAAAGAGGAUUUCCAGGAAGGAAUGGUUAAAUUCCAACUUUAGUAAGAACAGUGAGCAGAAGAAACAAUAGAGGGGUCUUUAAGAUUCUGCAUUUAAAAAGGGGGAAAUCAGUAAGUAACUAUAGGCAAAACUGGCCAAAGGUCUUUUUAAACUAUGACUGGUUAGUACUACUCACAUUCAGUGCGAAGAGACUGGUUAGAGUAUAGAGGAUUUUCUCUAAAUUGGGUCCCUAAGUAGAGUUGUAAACUCUUGUGAAAGACAGGUCCUUGUUUAUAAGUUCAUAAAACUUAAAGACUUUGUGGCUUUGCUUUGGGAAAUUCCUGGUCCCUUUGGAAGUAGAGAACAACUUGAAGCUGCCCAGGCACUUGAAGGGACAGCUCAAGAAUAUUGUGGAUUUGAUAGUUUAUACAAGCUUUCUCUUUGGGGUUUGGAGAAGGGGGUGCUUUGUCUUGAGAUAUCUAGGGCAGUGUAGAUUAGAUUGGCAGAAACUGGCCUUGGAGCUACUUGUCCUGAUUCUUCCGGAUGCUGGGACUGUAGGCCUCAUACUCUUUCUUACACACCCACCCUCCCCACUCCCCAGCAGACUUUCACUAAGUUAUGCCAUCUCAAAUUGAACUUACUGGCUUUGAACUUAACUUGCCUCCAGAGUAUCUGAGGCAAUAAGGCACCACCAGUUCAAACUAGGUAGUAUUUAAGGCCUGAUAGUAACCUGAGAGCCAGCAUUCACUACACAGUGGUAGAUAGAUUAUGGAAGGUGGGUUGAGGAGUGCUCCUGCCCUCUAGUGGGUCGAGUCUAGGGUUGCAGCAAUAAGCAGGGCAUAGGUCAACCUUCAGAAACAAAUGGACUGGUUCAAAAUGUCUGAAGUCACCUGAAUGAGAACUAAAGACCGCCUCUCUGGUACAGUAGAACUACUCCCUACAGCCAAGGGUCUGUUCAGUAGAAUCAACCUAGCUGUACAUUAAAAAACUGCAUAUAGGUUGUUGAUUGGAAGAGGCUAAAAUGAUAGAAAGUUUGAGGUGGGUUAUAUGGAAUGAAGAGGGAGGAAAAGGCUGAAGGACAAAGGCUGUUAGAAAAACAGGAUACACUUAGGGUUUGCACAGUGAGAUUUUUUUUACCUAGAUAUUUGUAAACUAUUGGUAGCAAUGUCUAGGGAGUUCAACAGCAAAUAGAUGUUUAGAUCUCCCAACAGGUGGUUGCUUCUAAAAUCUGGAACCAGAACCCAUUUUUCCAUAAAAGUGUGACCAAAAAUGGGAUCUCUGAUGACAGGACAGACUUGAAAAUGGAGCUGUACAUACCCCUAUCUGACACUGGCAACAUAAUCAUCAGCCCAUUACUCCAGCAGGCACACAUGUGCUCUGAUUCUUAGUGAGCAAGGAGAAGUACUAGAACUUUUUUAUAGCAACACCACAUGAGAUUAGUUAUUUUUGCUGUAGUGGACUUCAGGUAAAAAAAAGCUUAGAAUUGGGCAACUUCCAAGUGCCUGCAACUUACAGUUCAAUUUACAUGUUUGUUUCUAUAUAGUUACGCAUAUUAAAACGCAUAUUAAAGACUACAGGCUAUUCCCCACUCAUCUCUUAGAGCUUGCACUAUAUUUUUAUCUUCAGGCCACAGGCAAUGCAGAUUUUUUUUUAAUGUAAAAUAUUCACAAGCCAGUUUAGUGCCAUUAGAGCCAUUACACUGUUGUUGGGACACAGGUAAGUAGUUUUGUCAGUAGAGCAGAUUAGGGUUAAAAUGAUAGCAUGUUUCCUUUUCAAAUACUCUUACAUAUUUAAGAGUAAAGUUUUUCCUAAACUUUAAAAAUAAAGUCUGAGGUUCCUGUUGGUUUAAUUAGGUAGCCAGAACAGACCAUGAACUCCACAUCCUGGAAUUUUACGUGUUGGUUACAAGUGUGUACUGCCUUCCCUGGCUCAUGCUGUCUGUCUAGUCUUAAAUGUUUUGAGACACAGGGUAUGGCUCUAUAGCUCUGCCUGGCCUGGGACUAGUUAUAUACUUGCCUCUUUAUUUCCUGAGUACUGGACUAAAGGUGUGUGCUACCACCCUCCGAGCCUGGCUCUUACAUUUUUUUAAAUGUGGUUUUUUUUUUGUUUUUUUUUUUGUUUUUAUUUAUAAGUAUAGUGAGUGUGCUUGUGGAGGACAGGGGAAGAAUUAAAGCUCUCCACUAUGGGCCUUAGGGGGGUCAAAGAAACUUGGGGAUUGAGAUUUGGUGACAAGGGAUCUUAUUUACCCACUCUUCUUGUCUUGCUAUCCCCUAGUUUAAUUUUUGAGAGAGUCCCAUGUAAGCCUCUAAUUUGUUGAAGAGAGCUGGAACUAUUUACCUAGUCGUCCCCCCCCCCCCAUACCUGUCAAAUAUCCAUGCUUUAAAGGUCUUGAUUAUUUUGGCCUUUUGUGGUAAUAGGUCUUCGUUUUGAUGCUGAGUCAAACCUGGCCUAUAUUAGGCAAGGGCUUUGCCACAGAACUAUAACCCACCCUGCCUGGUCUUUUUCUGUCUUUUUGCUUUAGCACUACAUUUCUUUAAAAGGCCACCAGGUGGCUUUUUUGACUGUCUGGGAUUUUGUUUGUUGUGAUUUAGGCCUGGUGUGGAAGUCCACCUUGGGAGUUUACUUUUUAAAGAUGGGGGGGGGAGUUCAGGCCAAUCAGGUCCACUUAAGAGUGGAGCUUUGCUGCUAGCUGCCUCCUUUAGAGGGGGAAUCUCAUUUGUAAACUAGACUGGCUUGGAACUCACAGAAAACAGUACCUGUCUGAAAAAAGGAGUAUGACUAUAACUAGCACAUUUGUAAUGUUUUAUUUUUACUCAUUUUCUGUCUGUGAAAUGGGAAACAAUUUAAUGAAUAUUUUUACUGUGCAUUAAAUGAAUAUUGUAUAAAGUAGGCUUUUUUUCUUUCUUUCAGCUACAAAAAAUUGCCCAAGCUUGUGUGACAUCAACCCUGUCAAGUGUCCAUGAUGCUGGGCCCUGAGGGAGGUGAAGGCUAUGUGGUCAAACUCCGUGGCCUACCCUGGUCCUGCUCAAUUGAGGACGUACAAAACUUCCUCUCCGACUGCACAAUUCAUGAUGGGGUCGCAGGUGUUCAUUUCAUUUAUACUAGAGAAGGCAGGCAGAGUGGUGAGGCUUUUGUUGAACUUGAGUCAGAAGAUGAUGUAAAAUUGGCUCUGAAAAAAGACAGGGAAAGCAUGGGACACCGGUAUAUUGAGGUGUUCAAGUCACACAGAACCGAGAUGGAUUGGGUGUUGAAGCACAGUGGUCCAAACAGCGCCGACAGUGCCAAUGAUGGCUUUGUGAGGCUUCGGGGACUCCCGUUUGGAUGCACAAAGGAAGAAAUCGUUCAGUUCUUCUCAGGGUUGGAAAUUGUGCCAAACGGGAUCACACUACCUGUGGACCCGGAAGGCAAGAUUACAGGGGAGGCCUUCGUUCAGUUUGCCUCACAAGAGUUAGCCGAGAAAGCUUUAGGGAAGCACAAGGAGAGAAUAGGGCACAGGUAUAUUGAAGUGUUCAAGAGCAGUCAGGAGGAAGUUAGGUCAUACUCAGAUCCACCUCUGAAGUUUAUGUCUGUGCAGAGGCCUGGGCCUUAUGACAGGCCUGGCACAGCCCGGAGGUACAUUGGCAUUGUGAAACAGGCAGGCCUGGAUAGGAUGAGGUCUGGUGCCUAUAGUGCAGGCUAUGGGGGCUAUGAAGAAUACAGUGGCCUCAGUGAUGGCUAUGGCUUCACCACUGACCUGUUUGGGAGAGACCUCAGCUAUUGUCUCUCAGGAAUGUAUGAUCACAGAUACGGAGACAGCGAGUUCACAGUGCAGAGCACCACCGGCCACUGCGUCCACAUGAGAGGGCUGCCCUACAAAGCAACGGAGAACGACAUUUACAACUUCUUCUCUCCACUCAACCCUGUGAGAGUUCAUAUUGAGAUUGGUCCUGAUGGAAGAGUGACCGGAGAAGCUGAUGUUGAGUUUGCUACUCAUGAAGAAGCAGUGGCAGCUAUGUCCAAGGACAGGGCCAACAUGCAGCACAGAUACAUAGAACUCUUCCUGAAUUCAACAACAGGAGCUAGCAAUGGGGCUUAUAGCAGCCAGGUGAUGCAGGGCAUGGGUGUGUCAGCUGCCCAGGCAACUUACAGUGGCCUGGAGAGCCAGUCAGUGAGUGGCUGUUACGGGGCCGGCUACAGCGGUCAGAACAGCAUGGGUGGAUAUGAUUAGUAUUGUAGGAACAUUUGGGUUAUUUCAAUCAGAAAAUUUCACAGGCAGCCAAUAAACAGUCAAGAGCAGUUUAUAACUCUAGAGGAAGCUGGGGGACCCACUUUGCACCAUGAGUUUGUGAAAUCUGGAUUAAAAAAUUACCUCUUCAGUGUUUCUCAUGCAAACUUUUCUUCUAGCAUGUAAUAUUGAGUAAACUAAAAACUAUUUUCUUCCGCUUUUCUCAAUUAACAUUUUUGGUAGUAUACUUAAGAGUGAUGUUAUCUGAGUUAAGUAGUUUAAGUAUGUUGAGUGGAUCUUUCAGCACACCACAGUGAACACACUGGGGGCAUGUACUUUUCUGGAGAACUCAAGGUGCUAGAUCCCUGAUGCAAAGAGAAGCAUUUCUCAUGUUCAUUCUAGUUUAUAUUUUCAUUUAAAAUCUUUAGGUUAAGUUUAAGCUUUUUAAAAGUUAGUUUUGAGAAUUGAGACACAAUACUAAUACUGUAGGAAUUGGUGAGGCCUUGACUUAAAGCUUUCUUUGUACUGUGAUUUCCUUUUGGGUGUAUUUUGCUAAGUGAAACUUGUUAAAUUUUUUGUUAACUAAAUUUUUUUCUUAAAAUAAAGACUUUUUCACAAUGA